CAGAGCAGUAGAGCUCUCAGCUAGACAUGGCGGCGGAUCCUAAGCCGGACUGGCUCUCCUGCCUUCCCUCUUCUUGGAGUUAUGGUGUGACUCGGGAUGGACGCAUAUUCUUCAUCAACGAAGAAGCAAAGAGUACAACCUGGUUGCAUCCUGUUACUGGAGAAGCUGUAAUCACGGGGCACAGAAAAACUCCAGAUUUACCAACAGGAUGGGAGGAAGGAUACACGUUCGAGGGAGCUCGCUGCUUCAUCAAUCACCAGUCCAUCAGAGAGUCCCAGAGCCACGAGAAACACCGGGACCCAGAGCCGGCUCAGUGUCUGAUCCGAAGCCGCUUUUGACGUCUGGGUUCAGCUCCAUUGAACGUCUCUCACUGCUGUGUUGUUGUUA